AUGUAUUCAGCGUUUGUCGUAUUUGUUGCGGUGGUGGCCGAGAGCAUCGGGCUCGUCGUGCGCCACUUGGUGGCCGAUCGGUCGGGGGUAGUCCCCGUACUCGGGUGGUACGGAGCGGGCGAGGCACCAGCCCGGCCAACUAUGAGAGCCCAGUCUUUUGGUGCCGAUCGAAAGGCCGCCGGCCAGACGGAGCUGACGGCCUGGAUCCAGGCCAAGUACGUCGAGCAGCGAUUCCGGCCCACGCCCAAGACCGCCGCGGAGUGGGCGCGGUUCGAAGCAGAAGACGCCCGGCUCCUGUUCUCUUCGCCGUCGUCGUCUUCCUCGUCUUCAUCAGCAGCUGCGAUUCGGCCAUCGGCCACAGUCCGUGGCCUGCCCGCCGCGACGCCCGCCCGGAGGCUGCACACACUGCCCAGCCGCAUCAAGUCCUGCGAUGACGGCGCAUCAGCCAGUUUGUCCGCUGCGUUCCGGCCGAUCGGCGAUGAAUUGUGGCCGUCUACGACGUCGGCCUCGGCCGAGGCGAUGCCGGCAGAGGCCGAGACGGCGGCGACGCCCCGCCGUCGGAGUAGCGCCAAGCUUACCAAGCGCGACAUCGAGCGCGGGUGGGACAGCAUCCAGAGCGAGUGGCGGGUGGGCGAGACCGAUCGCGAGGAGCUGGUCAAGUUGCAGCAGCUCGAGCGCAAGCGCAUGAUCGACGAGGCCAAGCAACGCAAGAAGGCCAAGGGCCGCCUCGAACGCCGAUCCGUCACCAUGCUCUCCUUCACUUCACCAUUUUCUUCAUCGUCAUCGUCAUCAUCACCGUUUUCGUCGGCAUCGUCAUCAUCGUCUUCAUCGUCGUCAUCGUCGCCAUCGUCUCUGUCAUCGUCAUCCUCCUAUUCCUCGGCGCCCUCGACAUCGUCGGAGCAAAACAAGAAAAAGAGCGAAGGAAGAAUGAAGCGACUCUCGCGGGACCUGACAGCUCUGUUCUCCUCGUCGACCGACGCGCUUCUCGGCCGCAAGGGCUCCUCCGCCGGCGAGAACGAACAACGCAAACACGUCGCCCGCCGGCGCAGCGUCUCUGUGUCGUCUUCGUCUUCAUCAUCGGCGUCGGCAUCAGCCUCGGCGCUCAGCUCGGCCCCCGUCAUCAUGGUGGGCGGCUCAAUGAAGAUACCACCGGCCAAGCCGAGCGAUGACGGAGAGGAGGAGACGAUCACUCUCUUUAGACAGAGGAAGACGACACGCAAAAGCGAGAGACGAGCAAAGAGCGAAGACGACACAGGAAAGACAGAAAAGAACGAAAAGGAGAAGACGACCGUGAAGGGAAAGAGCGCGAGCGAGAAGGGGAAGCAGCUGCGUGGACAGGCUUCACCACGGGGAAAGGACUUCAUCGAGAAGCCAAGCAGGGAGGCGGCCGACGAGAAGAAGAAGAAGAAGGUGGAGGUCAGGGAAAAGAAGGAGAAGAGUCCAAAGAUGAAGGCCAAGACGGCCAAGCCGAGCGGCGACGGCGCGCCUCCGAUAACUGAGGAUACCCACCACCGCUCCACCAAGAGACGGCUGUGA